AAAACCGAAUCCAUCCCUGCAUCUCAAUUCCGUGCUAGCUGAUUUUUAUCACCGUGGUGCCACCGAUAAUCAACCGAAAACAGACCCGGUGUGAAAACGUUGUGGCGUGUGUGUGCGUGAAAGCUGGUGACAUCGGCCGACUACGAUCUCGCAGCAGCACGAACGCACGCACCCCACAGCAGCCCUUCCCCGAGAUUGUGGCGUAGCUCGCGCAAAAUGUUCAACGCCGAUAUAUGGAAGACGUGGGAACGCAGCGGAAAGGCGGAAUUCUUGAAACAAUGCAAAGUGCUCCUGAAGGACGAUCAGCAGAGCCCGCUGUUUGCGAAAAACGAUCGGAAGAACGGAUUCUCUCGGGCAGUCUACGAACUGAUCUCCCGUGGGAUCCAUGGCCAGCUGAAGAAGGAAAGCGUACUGCUGAUGAUCGGCGAGUUGGUGAGCCUUCACAAUGAUGUUCCAUCGAUUCUUAUGGACAUCUACGGCAUAUUCGAUGCGGAAACGGCAACGAUCGCAGCCAGCGGUGAUGCACCGACGAGCGAUGAGCGUGCCAUUUUCUGUUACAUCGUCAAGGAAACGGAUCGCUACGUGUCGGAGAAGCUGCUGAAGGAGCGGCUGGAGAUCGACACCCUACAGGAUGUCGGCACGACCAAGAAUCGGAGCUUCUACACACGCUUCAUUAAAGUGAAGACGAAGCUCUACUAUAAGCAGCGCCGGUUCAAUCUGUUCCGUGAGGAGAGCGAAGGAUACGCUAAGCUUAUCACCGAGCUGAAUCAGGAGUUUAGCCUCGGUACGAUCACGGUGCAGGACAUACUAGAGAUAAUCAAAUCGUUGAUCGGCUGUUUCAACCUCGAUCCGAACCGCGUGCUGGACAUCAUCAUCGAGUCGUUCGAAGCACGGCCAGAGCAGGAUCGUAUCUUCAUUCCACUGCUGCAGGCGUACAUCAACGAUGGUAACAUCAUCUGUGAGGUGCUCGGCUACAAGUAUCGCUACUUUGCCGACGUGCAAACGCCCGCAUCGCUGUUCAAGGUGACGGCCCUGCUCUUGCAGCAUGGUGUCAUCAAGCUGGAAGACAUUUACGCCUGGCUCAAUCCACCGGACAAAUCGAUCAUUGCGGACUGGGAAGCGGAAAUGGCGCAGGCGAAAGAGUACGUCCGCAAGCUGAACGUGAUACUCACGAACAAGGACAAGGAGCAGGAGCAGGAACCGGAACUGGAGAUGGCACCGGAGAAGAAGUACGGUCUUAAUCAGAAGUGGGGCCUGUGCGAAGCGUUGCUGCUGAUAGGCGACUGGACUACGGCGCAGCAGCUGAUCCGUAAACUGCCAGAUCAAUCGGUGGUCGUGCACGAACCGAUCGCACGGGCCCUCUGCCGAUUGUUGCACAUCAUCAUCGAGCCCGUCUAUCGCCUCAAAUGUGCACUGCCAGCGAAUAUCAAGGGACGCUCGGUGACCGCGGCCUACGGUACACUGAGCAAGCUAGCACCACCACCCGUUACCUCGCUGACCAAGCUACGAGUGCACGCCUUUCCCAUGUUUAUCACACUCGGACCAUCGCUACAUUUCGAUCCGGUGCUGGUGUACAAACUGUUGCGCCUGAUGCGCGUCAUUCUGACCGACAUGAAUGUCGAUCCGUUGAAACCGCCCGUACUGUCGAGCACGGGAACGACGACGGAGCAUGAGCAGCUGUACUAUGACAUCCUAUCGUUGCUCGAUUCAUCAGCCCUACCGACCCUGGCCUAUAUGGACUGUAAUUCCUGUGUGGCGGAAGAGAUUUGGUCGAUCGUUAAGCUGUAUCCGUACCAGUACCGGUAUGGGUUGUACGCUCGCUGGAAAAACGAAACGUAUCAGCUGCAACCGAGACUGAUCCAGAGAAGGGGUGCAGCGCAGAAGCAAAUCAAAGCCCUCAUGAAGCGUGUCAGCAAGGAGAACAGCAAGCAGAGUGGCCGAUCCAUCGGCAAACUCAGUCACUGUUCACCGGGUUUCCUCUUUGAAUAUAUUCUGUUGCAAAUUCAAAUCUACGACAAUCUUAUCACACCUGUGGUGGAUUCGCUCAAGUAUCUGACCUCCCUCUCGUACGACGUGCUCGGGUACUGCCUGAUCGAGGCGCUCGAGCAGGUCGAUCGGAACCCGAUGCAGAACGAUGGUACUAGCAUCUCGCUGUGGUUGCAAAGUUUGGCCAACUUUAGUGGCGCGAUCUACAAGAAGUACAACAUCGAACUGAGCGGUCUGUUACAGUAUGUGGCGAACCAGCUGAAGGCGCACAAGAGUCUUGAUCUGUUGAUUCUCAAAGAGGUGGUACAGAAGAUGGCCGGUAUCGAGGCGGCUGAAGAAAUGACGAUCGAGCAGCUGCAGGCAAUGUGCGGCGGAGAACUGCUGCGCGGUGAGGCCGGCUACUUUAGCCAGGUGCGGAAUACGAAAAAGUCCUCCCAGCGGCUGAAGGAUGCACUGGCGAGCAACGAUCUGGCGGUAGCGCUCUGUCUGCUGAUUGCCCAGCAGAAGCAUUGCGUUAUCUAUCGCGAGACGGCCCAGAGCCACCUGAAGCUGGUGGGGAAGUUGUACGAUCAGUGUCAGGAUACGCUGGUACAGUUCGGUACGUUCCUAGGGUCGACCUACUCGGUCGAGGAGUACGUCGAGCGAUUACCUACGAUACACAAUAUGCUGCAGCGCUACCACAUCCACUCGGAUGUAGCCUUCUUCCUCGCCCGUCCCAUGUUCUCGCACGCCAUCAAUCAAAAGUACGAUCAGUUGAGGAAAGCGGACACGAACGCGAAGAAGCUCUCGACGGCACAGAAGAUGGCCAAGUACCUGGAGGCAACGGCGCACGUUAUGGGACCGGUGAUUGAGUCGGUGCGCCCGCUACAUCCGCUGAAAGUUUGGGAAGACAUCAGUCCCCAGUUUCUCGUUAGCUUCUGGUCACUGUCGAUGUACGAUCUGCAGGUACCGGUCGAGAGCUAUCAGCGCGAAAUCAACAAGCUGAAGCAACUGUCAGCGGCCGUCAUGGAAUCGAAGGAACAGAAUGCAUCCAAGAACAAAAAGGAACAGGAACGGUAUAUUGCACUCAUGGACAAGCUACAGGACGAACGCAAGAAGCAACAGGAGCACGUGGACAAGAUUAUGCACCGGUUAACGAACGAGAAGGAUUGUUGGUUCCUAUCGCGGUCAGCUAAAUCGGCCAAGAACGAAACCAUUACCCAGUUCCUGCAACUCUGUCUAUUUCCACGCUGCACGUUUACCGCGCUCGAUGCGAUCUAUUGUGCCAAGUUUGUGCACACGAUACACAACCUAAAAACGGCCAACUUUUCUACAUUGUUGUGCUACGAUCGGAUCUUCUGCGAUAUUACGUACUCGGUGACGUCGUGCACAGAGAACGAAGCCACGCGGUAUGGGCGGUUUCUGUGUGCGAUGCUCGAGACGGUCAUGCGCUGGCACUCGGAGGAGGCCACCUUUAACAAGGAGUGCGCCAACUAUCCCGGUUUCGUGACCAAGUUCCGCGUUAGCAACCAAUACUCGGAGGCGAUCGAUCAUGUGAACUACGAGAACUAUCGACACGUGUGCCACAAGUGGCACUACAAGAUCACCAAGGCGAUGGUGUUCUGUCUUGACUCGAAAGAUUACAUGCAGAUCCGCAAUUCGCUCAUCAUUCUGAUGCGCAUCCUGCCGCACUUCCCGGUGCUAGCGAAACUGUCGCAGAUUAUUGAGAAAAAGGUAGAAAAGGUUCGAGAGGAUGAGAAGAAUCAACGACAGGAUUUGUUCGUGCUCGCUUCGAGCUACAUCGGUCAGCUGAAGGCGAAGUCAGGCCAGAUGAUGCUCGAAUCAGACUUCCACCUGGUACCGGAGAAGACGGCAUCCAAACCGGCGGUCACAGUUCCAGCCGCGCAAGGUACGACAACAGCGAGUGACCAGCAGCAACAACAGCAACAACAGCAACAGCAGCAACAGAAUCAGCAGGAAUCGAGCACGAAAGUGUCACUGAACGGUGGUGAUGUGAAGAGUGGCCAAGGGUCGCGCCAAGCCCAGGUUGGCUCAGGUUCAGGAACGAUGGGAAACGGUACAAUCUCUGGUGGCAGCACCGGUGGCAAUUCCAACUCAUCCACCACCACCACUACGGGUAGCAGUGGUUCUUCAACCUCAAACGGAAACCUCAACAGCGAUAAUCAUCGUGGAUCGGGCGGUGAUGGACAGCAGAAGAAGGACCAGCCAACCUACUCGAGCUCACGCGAUGCUAUCAUCUCGGGCACUAACAGUGUCGGUGGUACCGUGUCUGUUUCGAAAUCAUCGAAGGAACUAAAACGAGAAGAGCGUGCCCGAGAGAAGGAACGGGAACGGGAGGAAGCAGCGGCCGCGACAGCCGCCCUCCUGUCCGAAAAGAAGCGCGAGAAGCGUCGUGAUAAGCGAGAUCACUAUGAACACGAGCGCGAAUCGCGAGCCAGCGAACGGGAGCAGCCAAUACAGCGAGACCGGAGCGAGCGGGAUCUCAGUUCAGUGUCGAACUCGAGCAACGAGCAGCAACCGCCACACAAUAGCAGCAGCAGUCGCCGUAGUCAGGACCCACCGGAACAUGAUAGAGAAAUGAAACGCCGUAAAUUGGAAGGUUCGAAGAGCAAACACGAUGAUGGUGCUGGCGGUCAGCAGCUGGUGGCGGAAUCGAAGAAGGAUCGUAGCAGCAAAACAAAGGAGAAGCGUGACAAGACUGACGAGGAAAAGGAGCUCCGUAAGGAGCGUAAAUUGGGCCGCAAGCGGCAGGAUCGCACCGAGGAAGCGCUACUGCUCGACAAGCGGUUACGACGGGAGGAGGAGAAGGCCAGUAAACUGGCCUCGGUGUAUCAGAAUGGCGACAACGAUGGCGAUCUGCAGCCGAUCUCCGUUUCUUCCUCGUCUCACCGCGAGAAGCACCACCAUCACCACCUGAAGGAAAAAUCACCCUCUUACGGGAGCAGCAGCGGUAGCGGCAGUGUCCUGCGUGAUCACCGUGAACGAUCACACGAUCGUGGGCUCGAGAGCGGUAGCCGGGGCGAGAAACAGUACUUUACGAAAACGUCCAGAACGCGAUCCGGUUACUAGCUUAAGCCUGUGUUCCUGCCGGAUUCAGCCUGGUCGGACGGGUAGUCUAGGUAUGAGCCAGCCGGAAUGCAUCAUUUGGAUGCUACAACAGGAAGAAUCCCAUCUAAAUGGGGAACAGAAUCAUGAAUUGUACAAUACUAUCAUUAGUUUUUCUUUCGAUUGGGAUCAUCUGUAAUCCGGUGGACCAGUCAUGCGUACAAUCGAAGAGAGGAGGGAAAACAAAUAGAAAGAGAGAGAGAGAGAGAGAGAGAGAGAGAGAGAGAGAGAGAGAGAGAGAGAGAGAGAGAGAGAGAGAGAGAUUAAGAAAGGAUAGGAUUCAGAAACCGGGAUUGCCGGUGGGCGAAACGCAUCCGGUGGAUGUAAAGAACACGGACCUCGUUGUGAAAAGAUACGCAAAGGAAUGUUUACUUGCGCGUAAGAUUAGAAAAAAAGUGUUUUAGUUUCAAAUGAAUCAUUUCGAGUAUCAAGGAAGAGUGCAUGUACAUUUUAAGCUAGAUAUGUUGAAAAGCGAAUACUAAGCAGAAAAUAAAUACACACUACGACGUAAGCGCCGAAAUCUCUCGGACUUCCUGACAUGCUGGGCUUGAGGAGUUGUUAAGUAUACGGAGUCUGUAAAAUAGGUAAUUAGAUUGGCAAACGGUGUGUCCAAUUGGGCCCCACGAUGUGUUCGAUUGUGGGGUACCCGUGCAAGUUGAUUUGAAUGUUCGUAGCGAUUGGUUUAGUGAAACGGUUUUUGUCAUUCUGUUCUAAAAAUGAGCGACAUCAGUUUGGGGCACCGGUCCUCUAUCUGGUUUGGGCCCAGUCAGGUGAAAUUCACAAGAAGUCGAGCGAAGGGAUUUUGCGCAAAAAUGGUUUCAAAACAAUUCCUUAAUAAUUGAAUUUUUGACCAGUUAAAACAUUCCGAUGGUUCUGCAUUUUCCUCGUUCACCUAACGCGAACCUUUUUCAGAAUUUGUAAAAUCAUCCCAAAGGGAGUUCAUUUUGGAUCAAUCUGCUAUACGGAUCUGAAGAACCGUCUCCAGGGCACUGCGUGGCUUUAGGAAGAAGUUAAUUUGAGCAGACAACAUAGAAUUGUAAUUCUAUUUGAAUAAAACCAUUUACAGAAUUAAGUCUCGUCACCUAAUUUACAGAACUAGUAACUUCAAUUUCACUCAUUGAUCAAUCAGCGUCCUCUCGAAUUCGCGAGGUUGCAAGUGAAGAGAAGAAUAUGAUCCCUGUGAAAUCCGGCUGCUUCUCUUGUACUAAAGUAAAGCUACGUACGCGUACUUAUUGCUUCCUUACACGAUAAGUGUUCUACAUGCUAAACUGUGCCAUAGAGUUACUUAUCAAUACAGAUUCUAAGACUACUCGACAAGAGAGGCUCUAGCUUCUUCCCACGAUUGAAGUCAUAAUUGUGG